CCCAAGGCUACUGCGCGUGCGCCGAAGUCGGACCUCCGGUUCUCGCGCCUCGAGGAGCGGAAGUGCUCUUCCGACGCCCAGGGCGGUGCGAGUUGACGCUGGCCGUAGUUAUCUGCCGUGAGACUUCGGGUUCCGGGUCAGGGUUCAUAACAGAUCACAACUCACCAGCUUCACAUGCCAUCUGAUCUACCAUGGGCUUCCCUAGUUAAGUCUGCAGAAGACCCAGUCUGAGACCUCCGAAGGGGGAAACGUCAGCCUUCAGGGACGUGUUUGUGGACUUCACCUUGGAGGAGUGGCAGCAGCUGGACGCCGCUCAGAAGACCCUCUACAGGGAUGUCACGCUGGAGAACUACAGCCACCUGCUCUCCGUGGGAUACCUCGUGGCCCAGCCAGAGGGGAUCUUCAGCUUGGGACAAGCAGAGGGGGCCGGGAAGGCAGAUGGAGAAGCCCCAACGCGGAGCGGACCAGAAUUCUGGCAAGCUGAUGACCAGAUAGAUAACUACAAAGAACGCCAAGACAAACCUCUGUGGCAGACUGCAUCCAAAGGCAAUGAAACACUGAAGGAUGGAAAUGGCCAAGAAUUCAGAACGUGCAGAAAAAUCACUUAUCCAGCUCAACCUGAAGAGAAAAUCUUUGAGCCUAAUCAACACGGAAAAGCCCUCUACCAUAAGCAAGCCCUUAAUAAAAGUCCACAAACUCAAACUGGUGAGAAACUCUAUAAGUGUUCUGAAUGUGGAAAAGUGUUUGUCCAGAAAGCAAACCUUGUUGUACACCAGAGAACUCACACCGGAGAGAAACCUUAUGAAUGCUGUGAAUGCGCAAAAACCUUUAGCCAGAAAUCAACCCUCAUUGCACACCAGAGAACUCAUACAGGGGAGAAGCCCUAUGAAUGUAACGAAUGUGGGAAAACAUUUAUCCAGAAGUCAACUCUGACUAAACAUCAGCGAACUCAUACAGGAGAGAAACCGUUUGCAUGUGGUGAAUGUGCAAAAGCUUUUAAGAGUUCAUAUCACCUUAUUAGACAUGAAAAAACACACAUUAGGCAAGCAUUUUGUGAAGGUAUCAAAUGUGCUAAGUCCAGCCUUAUACAUCAAAGGACUCAUAUGGGUGAGAAACCUGAGUGCAAUAAACAUGGGAAAGCUUUUGAUGAGACACCUACCCCCACUAAACAUCAGAGAACUCAUGCAAGAGAGAAACCUUAUGAGUGCAAUAAAUGUGGAAGAGACUUCAGGAGAAAGUCACACCUUUCUGUUCACCAGAGAAUUCAUACAGGAGAGAAACCCUAUGAAUGCAGCAUAUGUGGAAAGACUUUCAGUGGAAAAUCACGUCUCUCUGUCCACCAUAGAACUCAUACAGGUGAGAAACCUUAUGAAUGCAGACGAUGUGGAAAAGCAUUUGGCGAGAAGUCAACCCUUACUGUACAUCAGAGAACGCAUACAGGAGAAAAACCCUAUAAGUGCAAUGAAUGUGGGAAAGCCUUCAGUGAAAAGUCACCACUGAUUAAACAUCAGAGAAUUCAUACAGGAGAGAGACCCUAUGAAUGCAGUGACUGUAGGAAAGCAUUCAGUAGGAAGUCAACUCUCAUCAAGCACCAGCGAAUUCAUACAGGAGAAAAACCCUACGAAUGUAGUGAAUGUGGGAAGGCCUUUAGUGUGAAAUCAGCUCUCAUUGUACAUCACAGAACUCAUACAGGAGAGAAACCUUAUGAAUGCAGAGAAUGUGGCAAAGCCUUCAGUGGAAAGUCAACUCUAAUUAAACAUCAAAAAAGUCACCCAGGAGAUAAAACCUAUUAAUAUACUUCAGAGUGAGAUAAUUUACUAAUUAUACUUCAUUAUAUAUAUCAAUUCAUCCUGGGUAGUAACCUUAUAAAUAUUAAGAAUGUCAAAAACUCUUCACAAACUAUCUAAUGUUCAUUUAACUUAAACAGCCCAAAAGCAUAAUUCCAGAAGCAUAUAAUAAAUGCGAUCAAUUUUUCACCCAGAAUCCGUACACACGAGUGGAGAACUGUACCUCAGAGAAUUCAAAAGUGGCAAAAUUAUGAAUAUAUUGAUGUGGGAAAGACUUUAGAAAGAAUUUAAAUGUCAUUGCCUGUUAUUUAUGCUGCGGGAACAACUUAAGAACUUAAUGAGUUGAGAAAACUGUUAGAAAUUAUGAGAGAAAUAUAUUCCAUAUUCUAUACCAUGCAUUUUGCGGGAACAGUACAGAGGUUUCAGACAAGCACUCAGUUGUAACAUUAAGCUAUGUUCAUUGUGGAGUACAGUAUGACGUUUCUGAAAGAACAAUAUAAAGCAUAAGAUUUUUCAUCCUAACGAGGGCAAAAUCCCAGUUUAUUUCUUAAAUGGAAAAACUGUUUCCUUAGGUGGUGUGAGGGAGGCUGAAUCGUCAUGAUCCCUGAAACAGAGGAGCUCAAACAGGAGGUCUUACAGUUAUUCAUCAACACCUUUAGGGCAAAAAUGCAAACCCUUUACAGAAAAGGCAUAUGGUAGCUUUGACACACCUCACUUAGGAAUGUGGCUUCCAAGUUAAUCUUUAAGAAUAAUCAUUUUCUGCCACAUUUUAUGAGUUAAUAAGAUUUUUAAUUUUCAGAUUAUCUCCCUUCAUGAAAUAUUAUUUAAACGAAAAUGAAAUUGAAUAUCGAAUAGUCAAUUGAGUAAAAACUGACAUAUCAGUAAGGUAGAAUAGUAUGCACCAACUAAAAAUUACCUUUUCUUAUGUUUUAGGAUUUGGGGAAAUGUUCAUGGUAAUUGACUACGUGAAAAAACAUUAUAAAAAAUGUACCACAUGAUUUACAUUGUAAAAAAAAAGACACCAAGGUUGGAUAUGCACCAUUAUAUCAGUGAUUCUGGGUGGCAGAAAGAUAGCAGUUUUAUGCUGAGUGAAAUUAUAUUCACAUACAAAUGUAUACAUAUAUAUUUAUUUUCUAUUUGUAUCUUUUAGUUGUUUGUGUAUAGGUAGAUACAUAGAACAAAAAGCUAGGAAGGGAAUACACCAAAUUAUUAAACAGAUCAUCCAGAUCA